UUUUUUUGCAUGCGAGGGUCAUGAGUUCCUACUUUGUAAAUCCUCUCUUUUCCAAGUACAAAGGCGGUGAAUCGCUGGAGCCAACUUACUACGACUGCAGAUUUCCACAAAGUGUUAGCAGGAGCCAUGCUCUGGUGUAUGGUCCGGGCACCACUGCUCCCACCUUCCAGCACCCUUCACACCACGUCCAAGAGUUUUUCCACCACGGAACCUCCAGCAUCUCCAACUCUGGAUACCAGCAAAACCCAUGCGCCUUGGCGUGUCACGGAGACGCUUCUAAAUUCUAUGGAUAUGAAGCUCUACCGAGGCAAUCGCUUUAUGGUGCUCAGCAAGAGACGACUGUUGUACAAUAUCCUGACUGUAAAUCGUCUUCCAACAGUAACUCUAGCGAGGGACAAGGGCAUUUAAAUCAAAAUUCGUCUCCCAGUCUCAUGUUCCCAUGGAUGAGACCUCACGCUCCCGGAAGACGCAGUGGCAGACAGACUUACAGCCGGUACCAGACCCUGGAGUUAGAAAAGGAGUUCCUCUUCAACCCGUAUUUGACACGGAAGCGGCGGAUUGAGGUCUCUCACGCCCUGGGACUGACCGAGAGACAAGUGAAGAUCUGGUUCCAGAACAGGAGGAUGAAGUGGAAAAAAGAAAACAACAAAGAUAAGCUGCCGGGGGCCAGGGACGAGGAGAAAACGGAAGAAGAAGGGAAUGAAGAAGAGGAAAAAGAAGAGGAGGAAAAAGAAGAAAGCAAGGACUGAGUUCUCAGCCCCUUGAAGUCUCGUUUUAUGGCAGAUGAUAAAUCGAGAUGUUUACGACGGUCAUUUGCUUUUAUAGAGUAUAGAAUGGAGAGGCUCACACAGCAGUAACUACCUGUCAAACAGUUGUAGCCUUUUUUAUUGUCAUAGAAACUUCCCCUACUCUUUUUUUUUUUUAAACUUUUUUUUCUUUUUUUCUUUUUAAUAGCUGCGUUUUUUAGCUCAAUAAAUACAUAGUUGGCUCGACUGCGAGAGCGGGGGGACCAAACACGAUAUGAAGUGAAAUAAUCCAGCAAAGCAAAGCCACCCCCCGAGCCCCAGCAGUGCUAAGCCAAGCCUGCAAGCGAAUGUCACUGCUCGUCCCUGCUCCCGCCUGCGAAGCUGCGCACAACCACGGGGGCAAAAUAUGUAUUGCUGGGACCAGCUUUGCCUUGGCCUCUUGAUUUUUGGUCUCUUUUGAAGCUCGGGUUUUGCCUCUCCCCCAGUGUCCGCCCCCCGGGGGAAAGCCGAGGGUGCUUCCUUUAGCUUGUUUGUGUAGUGUCUGUCUGUCUAUCUGUGGAGAUCUCCAUUCCCACCAGCCAUUUAUCACCCCCCCCGGAGGGGCCCGAACUGCAGCCCCUGCCAGAUAAGAAGAGGAGCUUGGAGGGUGAGCAUACCUGGUAGCACCCAAACACACCCCCAAACCCUCCCCAUUCCUAUAGGUCUGGGGCUUGUAUAUACCUUGAUAGGCCAAAAAACAUAAAGAAAAUUUAAAAAAGCAAAAAAAAAAAGCAACCCAAACCCUUCCUCAUUUCUAUAGGCGCUGUUUACUCUUUGCUUGUGUGAGCACUCGAAAUUCUUCAUGUACUACCUAAAGGGAAAACCUGCAAUAAUUAGCAAACCUAUUAGCAACAAGGGGCUUACGUAUCGGGAAUUUUACUUGGUGAGGAUUUAUUGAAGAGAGAGCGCUGUGUUUUUGCCCUGAUGCGAGCUACUAAGUAGCAGAAAAAUAACAAUAAAGAAUACAAAGAAAACCCCCACCAACACCACCAACCAACCUUGUAUUGUACUUUAUCACUACCUAUAGAAGGAGUCAUGCUUUGAAAGUAUUUGUAAUGCGGUUUUAUUGUCGUUCGUUGCUGCUUAUUUUCUUGGAAAAUUAAAAAAACAUUAAAAAAAAAUAAUCCCAACAACUGAAACUGCCUAGUUGAGAACGCACAGUAUUGUAUUAUUUUAUUGUGCUUAUAAAGUAGUGUAGAACUAAAUUGCACUGAAUGUAUAGUUAUCUAUUUGUCUUGACUUAUCUGUUAAUGCAACAUGCUCGAAACGAAUAAAGGAAAUCGUCAUUUGUUUUAUGUAAAAACAUAGUUCUGCGUGUUCAAACUCUGAAUGUAGCAAUUACCGCCCGAAAAAGGAAAAAAUGAAAAAAAAUAGCAACCCACAUCUCUGGACGCCGUGGAUUUGUAUUGUAUACGUGAGACAUGACGUAAAUAAUAAUAAUUAUAAUAAUAAUAAUAAAAAUAAAGGAUUUUAAAAGGA